CAUUAGUUUAGUAUCCCCGCGAACAGCAGGGAAUGGCUGGACUUCUCAGUUUGUUGCCUUAAUCUGCUUAAUUGGUGCUUCCAGGCAUGCCACUGAAGUGUGUGGGAAUUCGUCGUUAUGAGUGAUCAUUCAGUGGUGUAUUAUCAAGCAUAUUUUGUCACCGAAGAACUGUUACCAGUGGAAAUAUGGGAGAUAAUUCUAAAAUAUCUGCAGACCUCCGAUCUGCUGACGGCUUCUUGUGUUUCUCGUGCCUGGAGACAUCUAGCGAGAAGAAUAUGUCGAGAGAGAUGCCACUAUUUGCCCCCACGUCUACUAGCAGAGCUCACCCACGAGUACUACGUCACUCAUUAUCCCAAGUCCGCCACACCCCCUACGCUUGCUCAAGAUGCCAACAGUGACGUCGUGGCAGAUGGUGACACCAAAGAUGAAGUGAUGGAGGAGCUAUUAGCCAAAUGCCAAGAGAGAGUAGAUGAACCUGAAUGGUUAGAUAUCAGCAGGAUGUCAAUGCAAACUGCUAUAACGUCUAUCCCAGAUGAUUGUAAUAUGUUACUACAGGUGAAACGAGUGACACAUCUCACUUCUGCAGGCAGGUUUGUGGUGGUGGUGUCUCAUGGUGAGGAUGAAAAUACGUGUAUUAUAAGACUGUUUGGCAAGGCAGGGCAAGAAUGCUGCGUGCAACACAUUAAAGGCAGAAUCCUUAGGGUUUGUGCCAUGGAGAUGCCAGAAACUCCUCCCAUCCUGGCCAUGUGUGUGAACAAAUAUCUAAAAUGUUACCUGGUGGGUCCUCAGCUACACUCUCUCACUCCUCUUAGUGUCACUCCUGUGCUAUCUGUUGACUCCAGACUGUGCUGUGAUGGGAACACUGUGAUAGUAUCUCAGAUGAUGGAUGAGAUUCAUCUCGCCAUCUAUCAAGCUAAUUUCAUACCUCAACAUGGGCGAAUUGAACUUGUUCAUAUAGGGCGCAUCACAACCAGUUCUCCUCCAGUCUACUGGGACCUUUGGAAUGGAUUUGUGACCACCAUAGUAUCAGGGGGUCAUGUGUCUUCCUACACCGUCUCUGGAAACUUGAUCGCAGAGUCGCCUUUAUACAAGGACCUUCGGUACCCCAACCCCACCCUCCUCUCACGCGGACUCAUAUUUGCAUCCACCAUUACAUCUAGAACACUUUUAUCAUACUGGCAUAUGGACCGUGAACGUGACUAUUGGUUGGUUGGUGAAAGCAUCUUGACAAGCUGGAUACAAAGAGGCUCACAAGAUGUGGGUAAUGCAAGCUGGAUCACAGGCACUCAAGUUAAAAGCAGUAGUAAUAAUAUGAAUCCACAGGAAGGAAACAUCACUGACGGAACAGCUAGAAGUUUACCAUAUUCGGAGCCAGCCAGCAGCUGCAUAUUGACACUAGCCAAGGUGCGGGUGGGAGCCACGUUGUUGCUAGAGGUAACUGUGGUCCAUUAUAAACGAGGUCUUGUGUUCUGUGGCACCAGUCAAGGUCAUUUACUGGUCUACAAGAUCCUGGGUGAAGACAGUUCAACUAAAAUGAAAGUAAACUGGGCAGUUAUGGAAUCUUACGUCCCUUCUCUGUGUUUGUCUGUCUCCACUCGUCGAGUCUCAAGAUUAACAUCAUAUUUCAGGAAUCAGGACAUAAUUGUGGCCAUCGCUGAUAAGGAUGCCACUUGCUAUAUAGUUUCCCUCCCUAAUAUUAACUUUACUGCUAGAUGUUGAUAAAGAAUUGUUACCUCAAUCCUUAGGCUGUGAAUUAUUCAUGAAAAUAUCUUGAAAUUUUUUUACUGCUCAACCAAACUUGGCCAAGACUUAAUGUUGUCUCUCAUGUUAUUUGUGUGUGACACAAUGCUAGUGUUUCAGUUUUCGAUGAAGUGAUUUAAAACAUGUUGAUAAUGUGCAUGUAGUUUUUGGGGCUCACAAGGUCAAAGCUCAGGGUCACUCUUACUCACAAGUGGCUAAGGGAUCUGUGAAUUUUUCAACUAAGUUUAGAGACUUGAAGCAGGUGAAGAUGUUUUCAGUUGUUUGUUAAUGUACAGUUUUUUCUUCAAAAUUAAGGUUGGUAAUUUAUUAUGUACUGGUACAUUGUGUGCAUCAUUUUGGAUAUGAAUUACCGUAUGAGUUGUUCCAGUUUGAGUUCCAGUGUAUCACUUUUUCAUGUUAGUCCAUUAUGCUUUUAAUCCUAAUUUAUCUUUGGACUGUGCAUGCUAGCUUAUAAAUUAAUAAACAUGAAAUGUAUU